CCCUCAUCCUCCGCCCUCUCCUCCUCCUCCACCUCCUCGCGGCGGCGGUGGCUUUCUCGGCCCCGGCUCUCCGCUCUUCGCCUCGCUCCUCUCCGGGAGGCUCCCGCGCCGCGUUGGCGAGGACGGCACUGCUGCAGGAGCCUCUGGGAGUCUCUGAUUGAAGAGGCCUACCUCUGUCUGGAGACCUCUGCUAAAGGUGAAGACCUCCUAAUAGGCCAGACAGCCUUAGCAGGAGCUCAGAAGUCUUAUAUCAAGUUGCAUCUUGCACCUCAACAUAAACACCUUCUCAAGAUUUAAGAGAGCAGAAAACAGUCUUUGAAGAAUAAAAAACCAGUGGACUCUAGAGAGCUUGAUGGGUCUUCAUUGUCAUCAUACAAGAUCAAAGAAAGCCUUGGAGCUGCACUUUCUACUCAGAAUUGGAAAUAACAUUCUUAAUUACAGAAAAUCCCCUGGAAUAUUACGUCCCUCAUGAGAGCGUGGACAGGAGUUUGGCAUUGUGCUUUUCCAGAUCACUGCCGGUAGCGGAGUGCAGGGGGAACGGCGAGACUCCUACCUCUUUCAGCGAGAAGAAAGGAGUCAGCGGAGCAGACUAAUACGGACUUGUGUCAGGUGGCCUUGCCCUACAAAGGCUGCCUUUAAAAGAGAAACGCAGCGUUAUUUAAUGAGCUGUGAGAUGAGGCGCUGCUGCUAACGCUCAGAUCCCAGGAUUCAUUGGCUAUUCAUUGUGCUUAAUGUACAUGUUUCUGCACCGUGCAUUUAGGAGAUCCCAGAGAAGAAUCCAAAACGGCUGCGGGGGAAAGACCACCAAACAUGCCUACAGAAACACUACCGACAGGUAGCAUGGUGAAGCCGGUCAGCCCUGCCGUGACUUUCACAUCUGCCGUUCCUCUCCGCAUCCUGAACAAAGGACCCGACUAUUUUCGCAGGCAGGCGGAGCCUAAUCCCAAAAGACUGAGUGCAGUGGAGAGGCUGGAAGCCGACAAGGCAAAAUAUGUCAAGAGCCAGGAGGUCAUCAAUGCCAAGCAGGAGCCUGUGAAGCCAGCAGUGCUGGCAAAGCCGCCCGUCUGUCCUGCAGCCAAAAGAGCACUGGGGAGCCCCACCUUGAAAGUCUUCAGCAACAAUGCAAAAACCGAGAGUGGUGUCCAGAGGGAAAAUCUGAAGCUUGAGAUUCUGAAGAACAUCAUCAACAGCUCCGAAGGCUCCAGCUCGGGUUCAGGGCAUAAGCACGGUCCCCGAAACUGGCCACCCCACAGAGCCGAUUCGACAGAGUUGAACAGACACUCAUUCGCUGAAUCUUUGAAGGUUUACCCCACACAGGGCCGUAGCAGCCCACAGGAGAGCAGCUCCAACGUCAGCAGAAGGCUCCUAGAUCAGUCGGCAGAGACUUUCUUGCAUGUCUCUCACAGCUCCUCAGACAUUAGGAAAGUAACUAGUGCAAAGCCUUUAAAAGCAAUACCCUGCAGUAGCUCAGCCCCGCCUUUGCCUCCGAAGCCCAAAAUCGCUGCCAUCGCCACCCUGAAAUCCCCAGAGAUUGAGGCAGUCGAGUCUGGAUGCGGAAUUAGCAGAAGACCCUCUUUACAGCGAUCAAAAUCAGACUUAAGCGACAGAUACUUUCGUGUUGAUGCAGAUGUUGAACGGUUCUUUAACUACUGCGGACUGGAUCCUGAAGAGCUUGAAAACCUCGGGAUGGAAAACUUUGCAAGGGCUAACUCUGAUAUUAUAUCCCUCAACUUUCGCAGCGCAAGCAUGAUUAGCUCAGACUGUGAACAGUCUCAGGACAGCAACAGUGACCUUAGAAACGAUGACAGUGCCAAUGACCGUGUGCCAUACGGCAUUUCUGCCAUUGAAAGGAAUGCCAGAAUCAUCAAGUGGUUGUAUAGCAUCAAGCAAGCUAGAGAGUCACAGAAAGUGUCCCAUGUGUGAGAGAAAAAUCCACCAUAGAAAAAGCAAGGACUGUAUCUUUGUCUGUGAAUAUUCAGUUGUGAAGGGUUGUGAAGUCUACUUGAAGUCUUGUACCCUUCUCAAAUCUCUUUGUGUUGCUUGUUGUGCAAUGUUUCCAAGUUGCAUGCCUGUCAACAUGUGAGCUGACCUGGCUUCCACUUGAACAGUAACUAACUACAAAGCCUGGCUGAGCAUACACCUUAUCUGCCAAAAGUUUAAGACAAGAAUCUAAUUAGGGCUUCAGUAUAAUCAAAGUGUUUACAUGGAAAGGUUAUAUGACUUCUUUGGUAUUUAUGUGGUUCCUUGUGGACUUUAUAUAUGUCACUUUUUGUCUUAAUGCAGAUAUUGUCAACUGACGUUACUAGUUUCUAAGCUGAAACAGAAACCCUUUGGGGAAAAGAAAAGCAGAAUUGGCCAAAAUAAGAGGUUUAGGCAGACAACAGUAGGCAAAGCAGCCUUAUCUCUUGUAGAAAGUGCAUUAUUGGCACAUGUAAAUCUCUUUCUAGAAGGCAAAGAAUGCCAAAUUCUUAAAUUAUGUAUUGUUGUUAAGCUGUAUAUCCCUACUUGUAGUAAGGGACUGUUCAGUCAAGGUUUCUUUUUUCUAGAUAAACUUCCUCAGUUUUACAGCAGAAGCAGGCUAGUCAAUCUGCUUGACCUCUCAUAAACUGACUCUUGCAUUUGGGUCAGUGUAAGCAUUGCAGUGAUUUUGUAUUACCCCUGUUGGAAAAGCUUAAAGAAGGUUGGAGUCAACAGAUGAAAACAGCGGAGGUGUGGGAUUUUGUGAGUUUGGUUUUUUUACUUCAAGAUUCCUGGUCUUAAACUUUUGACAGGAAUGAUUAGAUCCUAUAGCUGAUAUUGAAUGCCUUUACUAGUCAAACACAUCAUGACUACAAACUCCAUGCUGUCUUUAAAAUUUUUUGUAGACCUAUUGGAACAGUUAUUGGAAAAAAAUGGAAACACACAGCCAUAUCAAUGUAACGCCUCCUAUUCAGAAGUAAAUACACUCAGUAGCUGAACUAUAUCUGAAAAAUUGUGAUUAUGUUGUCUUGCAUAUGUUAUAUCUAAGGCUGUGAAAGUUUGUUACAGCUCUAGGAAAGUGUAGAAACAUGACAGUAUGUAGCUUUUAUUCUUUUGUUUGUUUUUUCCUCCUUAUGAUGGUUAGUGCUGCAGGUCAACCUGUUACAAAUCUUUUGACAAUCUGUGUCUUCCGAGUGGUUUAAUUAACUGUCAUUUCAACUGGCAGUAGUGGUGUGGUAGCGGAGAAGUUGAAAGUGCAGUGGUCUGCAUCGUUAUUAUUGUAUACAUGCUUUGAAGUAAACUGCAGCACUACGUUAUACUUCAUCAGCUAAUAGGAAACUUUUUUUAUUGUGUAAAUGCUGUAAGACUUUGUAUAUACUUCAGUUGUUACGAAAUCUUUAAAAGGAAGAGUGUUAUGCUAAUAAAUAGCUACUGGUGCAGGUAUGGUAGGGUUUUUGUUCUUUUUUUUACCCCUCCCAUUCUUAAAACUGUAUCAGGAACUCAAUUGCAGUGUGUUUUAGUGCUGUAGAAGGUCUUGGUUAAAUAAUAGUUCCAGUAAAAGGUUUCUUUCACUAAAGUGCUUUUCAGAAUAUAAUUUUUUAUAAAGUAACUAUAGCAGCAUGAUCUGUCUGAAGAACUAGAAGAGAUUUUCAAGACUCCUAAAAUAGCUUGCUUCAUCCUUACCUAGCAAUGUUACUGUUCCCGUUUAUAGCAUUUGUUCAUAAUGAAUCACCGCAGUCUUCUGAAUUAUUCUUCAGUAGUGCUUAUUUAUAUAUUUGAAUAUUAAAGAUGUUUUACAAAGUCGGGUUCUAUCUUUUCUCUGAGAAGCUUGUAGCCCAACUUCUUACCGAUAGCCACAGUUAAUGCAGCUGAGAAUGGAAGCAGAGCCGUGCAGUAGGAAUUAUCCUACUUCAAGUUUCAUAUAAUUGUUUUCCAAAUGAUUGUUCACGGGGGGAAAGAGAAGCACACAAUUUUAGGAGGCGACUCUAUGGUUUUUAUAGUUGGCUUCACAACCUAAGACUUACAAUAUUCCUAGUUCAG